GUACACACCACCAUACGGCGAAAUUGAUUGGAAAAGAAAAUGUCAAUCUCUAUUAGUUUUUCAAAUUUAAAUGGGAUGAAAACUUCCAUCCCUUUGAGAUAUUCAAUUCAAUUUCAACUCCUUAUCCUAGUUGGGAACCUAUUUUGGAUAUAAUUAUUUUACUGCAAGAAGAAGUGGCUAGCUGGCCUUCGAUUUUCAUCCAGUUUCCAAAAGUCUCAUUUGUUCACUGAGACUGAGAGACAAAGUUCUGCCCCAGUGCCUCUGCCUGCUUGCAUUGCGUCUGCUGUCACCACACAAUGGCAGGAAUAGCUAUUGUAUUGGAUCUCCUAAGGAAAAAUCAAAGCUUUACUGGUCAAGCCCUUCAUUCUCAUGGCAUGUUCUCAGCCAAACUCGCUACCUCGGCUGCUGCUGCCUCUGCUUCUGUUGUUGCCACUUACCCUUUUGCCUUUAGGGCUUCUUUCGGUAAUAGUGCACCACGAAUUGCAUUUUGCGAUGCUGGCACAGGAUUUUCUGAAGAUUAUAUUUCCAGCCUACAAAGCGAUCAAUCAAUAAUUAAUUUCGAUCAACAUGAUUAUUCGUUGAAGCAGAGUACCAAACAAUACAACAUUAAGUUGAAACCUUUAUUCUCAGCAUUUAUGUGGAUGAAUCUUGCACGCACUGCCUUGAAAUGUUUCCUAUUUUCUUAUUUACCUCAUCUGGUAUCUCGUGCUAACAUGGAGGAUGAGGAAGAUUUGCUACCUGAGGAAGAUUAUCGUGUCAAUUCGGUGACUCUUUUCAAGAAAUCAAUGAAACAGAUUGGUUGUGAGACCGCUGUUGAAACUACGAGACGCAUCCUGGAAAGGUUAGUUGCCCACUAUGUUUCGCAGCGCAUGGUAUGGAAGCUAACUAAAGAUGUGCCCAUGUCAGCUGCAUGCAAGGCUCAAAGGGGCAUGUCUAGUGUGAUCUAUUUUACUAGCGUUACAAAAACAGCAUGUAGAGGUCAUUUUUUGGGAAUUUUGGCAUCAUGGUUUGUCCAAGUUGGCAUCGAUAUAUGGCAAUUUUUCAAAUCUAAACAAGAUGAUAAUGAUGGUAGAUCAGCAAGAAUUCAGAUUCUACGAAGGAAGAUUUUCAUUGCUAGUGUUAGAUGUGGUGCAUGUCUGGUUUUUGUUUCUAUAGGAGCAGGGUUAGGAGCAAUGUUGUUUCAACCUACAACUAGCCAGUGGAUUGGAUGUGCUAUUGGAGAAGUGUCUGGAUCAUUCAUUGUACCCUUUUUCUUUGGCAAAGUUCUUCACAUGGUACUUUGACGAGUUUUCUUGACAGAGACGGAUUCUCAGUAUCGAACCCAAUUCAAAUUUCAUAUUUGUUAAGGUUUUAGUAUUUUUUCACCU